AUGAAAUCUCAAACUGAAUAUAAAUUAAAGUCAGCUCCAGAAGAUGCCAUUUCAGCUGUAAAGUUUGGGCCAAAUACAAAUCAAUUUUUACUUGUGAGUUCUUGGGAUGGAUAUGUAAGAUUAUACGAUGUAAUCGCUAAUAACAUGAGACAUAAAUAUGCUCACGACGAUGCAGCAGUAUUGGAUUGUUGCUUCACCGAUGCAGUCCACUCAUAUAGUGGAGGAUUAGAUGCAGUAUUAAAAUCUUUUGACUUCAAUUCGACUAAGGAAAGCUCAAUUGGAAACCAUGCAGCCCCUAUCAAAUGUGUGGAAUAUUGUAAUGAAAUUAAUGCUAUUAUUACUGGAAGUUGGGAUCAUCAUGUUAAGUUAUGGGAUCCUCGUCAACUUGCAUGCAGUGGCAGUUACAAUCAAGGUGAAAGAGUGUAUACUAUGAGUGUUUGUGGUGAAAAAUUAGUUGUUGGAACAGCAGGCCGCAAAAUUCUGGUGUGGGAUAUAAGAAAUAUGUCAUACACUUUACAGAAGCGUGAAUCAAAUUUAAAAUAUCAAACUAGAGCCAUAAGAUGUUUUCCUAAUAAACAGGGUUAUGUUCUAAGUAGCAUUGAAGGUAGAGUUGCAGUAGAAUAUUUGGAUACAAACCCAGAAGUACAAAAGAAAAAAUAUGCUUUUAAAUGUCAUCGAAUUAAAGAGGAUGGUUUAGAAAAAAUUUAUCCUGUUAAUGCUAUUAGUUUCCAUCCUAUACAUAAUACUUUUGCUACUGGUGGAUCAGAUGGUUAUGUCAAUAUUUGGGAUGGUUUCAACAAGAAACGUUUAUGCCAAUUCCAUCAAUACCAUACUUCAGUGACUUCAUUAAGCUUCAGUCACAAUGGAUCUGUGUUAGCAAUUGCUUGCUCAUACUUUCUUGAAGAAGAUCCCUUACCUGAUCAUCUUCCAGAGGAUGUAAUUUAUAUUAGAGCUGUUACAGAUCAAGAGACAAAACCUAAAUAUGUUGCCUCUAAUUAA